UAAAUAUGAUCUCAAAUAAAAUCCCACACAUAAAACAAAUUGAAUUCAUCGAUAUGAAAAAGAACUUCGACUGAGUUGACAAAGACAAAAAAAAUCUAGAAGGAAGAUAUUUAAUAGAAAAAGAUUGCAAAUUUUCAAAGCAAAAGUCUUUUAGACUAAUUCGAUUGUGAAAAUUAUAUAUACACAAGUAAAAAAUCGAACUCCUAUUGGUUCAAUAAAAAAAUGAAAUACAACAGCAUGUAAAAAGGCUUUAGUAUUUUCAGUCCUAUUGGUUCACGUGAUUAUUUAACAGAAUAAAAUGACAUAGAAAAAUGAAAUUUCCCUUCCUCGUAGAUACGCCACUGCUAAUAUGGAAAGAUAUAUUAUAUUAGAAACUUUAUUUAAUUUUAUUUAAUAGCUAAAUGAUAUAUGGAAAAAUAUUAUAAACUUUGCUUAAUAGCAAAGCAAUUAGAAGGUAAUUUAAAAAAUACGUCACAAAUUGAUGGAGAAAAUACAGUAAUUAAAGACCCAUCAAUAUAAUUACUGGACUUUGAUAUAAAAACGAGAAAAGCAGGGAAAAAUAUUGUAUUCGAGUUUUCGAGGCAGUUAAGUACAUUUGUCAUAUUGCAGUCAACAUAGCAGUAAGGUGAGUACUAUUUUUACUUUAUUCUGAUUUUUAAUUUAUAUUCUUACCGUGUUAUAUGCCAUUCUUCAAUAAAAUUAAACUAAAAUACUUUUGUGACUGUCUCUUAGAUAUAUAUUUUUUCGGUUUUAUUUUUCUAGUAUUUCUCAAUAUUUUUUGCUUCUUAUAUAUGAGAGUUUGCUUCUUUGUUCCUGAAGCCGAACUGAUUUUCACGUAUCCGUCUAUCAAUUGCCCAUAUGUGAUAGUUAUAUUGCUCUUUGUACAUUGUUGUCUCUUUUUAAUAAAUACAGUGCUUCUCCAUUCGUCUGGCUUUGUCCAACUUCCAUAAUUCUACUAAAUAAACCUGUUAGCCAACUUGUUUCUGUCUUUCUCAGAAAUAUCAUCUGACAUUCUUUGAUCCACUUCAAAGAGAGUGAAAUUGUGUAUAGCAAAAAUAAAUGAUGUGUCUUUUGGUUUCUGUUUUAUCUAGUGCUUCGUAGCGUUGCAGCAGGUUAGAAUCCCAAAUUUUUAGUAAUUUCGAUUUUAUUCAUACAUAUUAGAUCUAUGUUUGCUUAUUUGUAACUUGUGUAUAUAUAAUUUUCUUAAUCGAAUUACUCUAAAAGACUUUUGCUUUAAAAUUUUGCAACUUUUUUCUAUUCCUCCUCCUCCUCAGUCGUUUCCUCAUUGCUGAGUGUCGUGAUUCCCUAUAAUACGAGCGCAACUAUCUCUUUCCAUCUGCUUCUGUCCUGAGCUUCCCUCAUAUAGAUUCAGAGAAUGUUUUUCCACAGGCUUUCUGUAUUUGAUCCGUCCAUCGAGUAAGUGAGCAACCUCUACUUCCGCGCCCUUCAACAUUUCCCGAAAUUUUUUUCUAUUAGAGACCUUUAUUUUAGAUAUAUUUUAUAUAAAUCUCACACAAGAAAUGCAUUUUUUCUCGAUUUUUUCAUUUUAUUUUCGAAGAGAGUGAAUUUUAGUAUAGCAAGUUGUUAUUGUUUUAGGUGGAUUUAGCAAAAAAUAAGCAAGGUUUCAUCCAUUGUAGUGGAAACGAACAUCCAACAGUCAAAUUCAAAAUCGUUGAAACUUAGAAUAAAAAAAGAAGGUGGAUUUAGCAAAAAAUAAGCAAGGUUUCAUCCAUUGCAGUGGAAACGAACAUACAACAGUCAAAUUCGAAAUCGUUGAAACUUAGAAUAAAAAAAGAGGGUGGAUUUAGCAAGAAAUAAGCAAGGUUUCAUCCAUUGCAGUGGAAACGAACAUCCAGCAGCCAAAUUCAAAAUCGUUCAAACUUAGAAUAAAAAAAGAGGGUGGAUUUAGCAACAAAUAAGCAAGGUUUCAUCCAUUGCAGUGGAAACGAACAUCCAGCAGCCAAAUUCAAAAUCGUUGAAACUUAAAAUAAAAAAGAGGGUAAGUGAUUUUGUUUUUUUUUAUAAGCCAUACAUAUAUUAAAAUGAUUAAGGAAAUAGUUAAGCAGUCGGAUAAUCUAUUAUUAACUAUUAAAAGACUACGCAAAAUAAUUUUUGAUAAAUUUACUUCAAUUGAUGCUAAAGUGUGGUUAAAGCGAUUAAAUGCACACAUUUACAAAUGUAAUAAUUUAAUUAAAGCUAAAAGAUUACCUGUAGGAACUGCUAGAAAAUUACAGUCAAACGUAGGACAUUUUAAACAUUUUCGAAGAAUAAUUUUAAAUUUUAAUAGACAUGUUGGUCUAGGACUUAAUUCAAAAUUACGUAAUAGAGUAAAAUGGGAAAAUGUCGCUUCAAGUUUUGCAAGCCGGAUUAAGACAGGGGUUAUAAUAAAUUUAUAUCAUAAGGAUGUAGGACCGUUUUUGGAUGAUGCUUUUGCGGUAUUUAGACAAAAAGUUAAAACUCUUUUGAAAUAUAAUAGAGUACUUAAAGUCAACACUACUUUGUGGGGAGAAUUUAUUAAAAAGACAGGUGACAGUGAGAGUUUAGAUUUGAUGCAUUUUAGCACUAAAAAUGUCAUUAUAGAUAGUUAUUCAACCGAUUUACACAUUUGGUUUAGCGAAAAUGUCAAAGAUAAAAUUUUUAAAAAAAUGUCUGAGUUUGCAGAAAAAGAUUCAGGUGCCGCUCUCUCUAAAGUAAUCUCAUUAGAAGUUAACAUCAAUAAAGUCGAAAUUGGGAACGGAUCAUCGUACAUUAAACUUCCUGAGCAAAUUCAAAAGCGUCGAGCAUGUAUAAAUAUCAAAAAUUAUGAUCAAAAUUGUUUUUAUUGGGCGAUUAUUAGCUCUCUUUAUCCUGCUAAAAUAAAUACAGAACGUACGUCGGCAUAUCCAUAUUACAGUACUGCGUUGAAAACGGAGGACUUGGAAGCUCCAAUGCCUUUAAGUCAUAUUACAAAAUUUGAAAAAAUAAAUACUAUAUCAGUGAAUGUUUAUGCUUUGGAAUUAAAUCAAAUUAAGGAAAAACAAUUUUACGAAGUAGUACCUGCUAGACUUACACAAAACAAGCUUGAUAGACAUGUAAAUUUGCUUCUAAUUCAGGAUAAAUAUUUUCCAAAGUUAAAUGAUUACGACGCUCCUCCUAGUGACGAUGAAAAUAUUGAAAUAAAAUAUCAUUAUUGCUGGAUUAAAGAUAUGUCUAGGUUGGUAAGUUCUCAGUUAAGCAAGAACGAACAUAAAAAAUAUAUUUGUGAUCGCUGCAUGAAUUAUUUUUCCAGCGGGAAUAAACUUGCGGAGCACGAAGAGUUCUGCAGAGACAUAAACAAAUGUAAAAUGACUGUUCCCAAAUACGAUCAUGUUGCUUUUAGAAAUUUCACAUACAAACAAACCACUCCCUUUAUUAUAUAUGCUGAUUUUGAAUGUCAGUUACAUAAUUUUACAGAUUUUAAUGUAAAACUGAGCAAAACAGCAAAAUACCAAAAGCAUGUACCUUAUAGUGCAGGCUAUUACUUUAACUGUGCUUACGAUGACAGCUUAUCAUAUUUUCGAAGCUACAGAGGUGAAAAUUGCAUGGAGUGGUUUGCAAAAGAAAUGGCUGAAAUAUCCAAAUUUGUCAAUUCUAAAAUAAAAUCAAUUGUACCUAUGGUUACAAAGCCUAGUACAAGUGAGGCAACUGCCUGUCAUAUUUGUGAGAAACGCUUUUUAGCUACAGAUAUAAUUGUGGUAGAUCAUGAUCAUUUUACCGGAGAGAUAAGAGGAUUUGCACACCAAGCAUGUAAUUUAAACUUCAGAAAGGUGUUUGUUGUGCCAGUAGCCUUUCAUAAUUUUAGUGGAUAUGACUCACAUUUCAUGAUUAUCGAUUUAUGCAAACAUGGGCACCUGAGCUUACUUCCUAUUAAUAAAGAAAAAUAUAUUUCUUUUACUCUACAUUCAGAUGAGCAUAAAAUUAGACUAAGAUUUAUCGAUACUAUGAGAUUUAUGGGAACUUCACUCGAUGAAUUAGCAUCACUUUUAGAUACUUCAGAGAAGAAGAUUUUAAAACAAGAAUUUUACAGUUUAGAUGAUAAUGCAUUUAACUUAUUAACUUGCAAAGGAGUAUUUUGCUAUGAUUAUGUUGAUAGUUUGGAAAAAUUAGAGGAAACUUCUUUACCUACAAUUAGUCAUUUUUAUAAUAAAUUAUGUGAUGAACAUAUUAGCGAACAGAAGUAUGCUCAUGCGCAGAAAGUUUGGUCUACAUUUGAAUGUAAAAAUUUGGGACAGUAUAGCGAUUUGUACUUAAAAACAGAUAUUUUGCUUCUGGCUGAUGUAUUUGAACAAUUUAGACAAAAAUGUAGGGAUACGUACCAUUUAGAUCCUGCGUGGUAUUAUACCAUACCAGGUUAUACAUGGGACUGUAUGCUUAGGUAUACAAAAUGUAGAUUAGAGUUAUUAAAAGAUGUGGAUAUGAUUUUGUUUAUUGAAAAAGGCAUAAGAGGCGGAAUAUCUGUGUGUAGUAACCGAUUUUCGGAAGCUAACAAUAAGUACAUGUCGACAUAUGACCCCACACAGCCCUCUAAGUACAUCAUGUAUUUAGAUGUAAAUAAUCUAUAUGGUUGGGCUAUGAGUGAAUAUUUACCUUUUGGAGGAUUUAAGUGGAUUGAAGAUGUAACCAAAUUUGGUGUUGCAUCUAAAUCCACUAAACUUCCCAAGGGUCAUAUUGAUAUUAUGUCAAUUCCGAAUGCUGCGAAGGAGGGCUAUUUCUUUCAAGUUGACUUAGAGUAUCCACGUGAAUUACACGACAAACAUAAAGAUUUUCCAUUUGCUGCCGAACACCGCAUUCCUCCCGGUUCAAAACUACCAAAAUUAUUGCCAACUCUUUUUAAUAAGUCAAAAUAUAUUAUUCAUUAUAGAAAUUUAAAGCAGGCUUUAUCCAACGGAUUAAUUUUAACUAAAAUACAUAAAGUUUUGAAAUUUAAUCAAUCUGCAUGGCUGCGACCCUAUAUUGAGUUAAAUACUAACUUACGGGCUGCAUCUAAGAGCAGUUUUGAGAAAAAUCUCUAUAAAAUGAUGAAUAAUGCUGUGUUCGGUAAGACCAUGGAGAAUAUAAGGAGGCAUAGAACUGUAAAAAUAUGUAAAAAUUGGAAUGGAAGGUAUGGAGCCAAAAACUUGAUUGCAAGUAUUCGGUUUCACAGUCGUACUAUCUUUAGUGAAAACCUAGUGGCCAUCGAACUAACCAAAUCAGUGGUGUGCUUUAAUAAACCUUUGUAUAUAGGUGCAGCAAUCCUAGACAUAUCAAAAUUAUGUAUGUAUGAUUUUCAUUACUCCUUCAUGCUUCCAACGAUGGGAGAAGAAAAUUGUAUGUUAUUGUACAUGGAUACAGAUAGCUUUAUAUAUGAAUUACAGUGUUUAGAUGCAUAUAAGGAGGUUUUAAAGGCACACAACUGUAAAUUCGAUACAUCUGACUAUUCGGAAAAUAACCCGUACAUGAUAGAACGGUUAAAUAAAAAAAUCCCCGGUCUAAUGAAGGAUGAAGCUAAUGGAAAAAUUAUUACACAUUUUAUUGGUCUAAGAUCAAAAAUGUAUACAUUUAAAUUACAAACAACUGAUGAAGAGAGAGAAAAUGAGAGAGAACGUUUAAAACUGAAACUAAACAAGGAACAAAUUGAUUGUGGUAUUCAAAAUUUAGGUAUAACCAAAAAAGCAAAAGGUGUAAAAUAUAAUGUAGUCAAAAAUAUAAUCACAUUUGAAGAUUUUGAAAAUUGUUUAAAAGAAUACAAAAUUAAAAGCACAAACCAAAGGUGUAUUCGGUCAUAUCAACAUUCAGUAUUCAGCAUAGAGCAAACAAAAACGGCCCUAAGUCCUUAUGAUGAUAAACGAUAUUUAAUACCAGAAUCCUUUAAGACGCUUCCCUGGGGGCAUUGUGAUAUACCUUAAUUUUUUAGCAAAAAUAUAAUCGCUUUAAGACGCUGAGGGCAUUUACUUGGAUAUUAAAAAUAUGUAUGGCUGGUGAAAAGACACAAUCACUUUUCCUCAGUAAUAUUUAAUAAAAUGACUAUUGUACAAUAUUAUUUUUUCAUUAUCCUUUUGUAAAUAUAUUACGAAAAUAAAACACAAGUGUUUAAAUACAUAA